UAAAACCCCUUCCCUCUCUCUCUCUCUCUCUCUCUCUCUCUCUCUAAGCGGCGAAGACAAACGCCGAGCUCGAUUUUCGCCGUCAAUGGCGGCCCUGGAGACCUCAAGGGGAACAACCUUAAGGAACGCUUUCGGAAACGUCUUUUCUUUCUUCAUCCUCAUCUUGAUCGGCGUUCUCGCGUUCUCGAUCCGACUCUUCUCUGUCAUAAAGUAUGAGAGUGUAAUCCACGAGUUCGAUCCUUAUUUCAAUUACAGAGUCACUCAGUUUCUGACAAAAAGUGGAAUAUAUGAAUUUUGGAACUGGUUUGAUGAUCGAACCUGGUAUCCGCUUGGGCGUGUGAUUGGUGGAACUGUUUACCCUGGAUUGACCUUGACAGCAGGAACUAUUUGGUGGUUGUUGAAUUCCUUAAACAUUCCUCUAUCUGUUGAAACUGUUUGUGUAUUUACUGCACCUAUAUUCUCUGCUUUUGCGUCAUGGGCUACUUACCUUCUGACUAAGGAAGUUAAGGGUACCGGUGCUGGCCUAACUGCUGCAGCUCUUUUGGCCAUGGUUCCAUCCUACAUUUCUCGUUCCGUGGCUGGAAGCUAUGAUAAUGAAGCUGUAGCCAUAUUUGCUUUAAUUUUCACUUUCUAUCUUUAUAUAAAGACACUGAAUACAGGAUCUCUAUUUUACGCCACUCUAAAUGCUAUAGCAUACUUCUACAUGGUUUGCUCUUGGGGAGGUUACACCUUUAUAAUUAAUCUUAUUCCAAUGCAUGUCCUUCUGUGCAUUGUAACUGGCCGUUACUCUUCCCGAUUAUAUGUUGCUUAUGCUCCUCUUGUUGUCUUGGGAACGUUAUUAGCUUCAUUGGUACCUGUAGUUGGAUUUAAUGCAGUAAUGACAUCUGAACAUUUUGCCUCUUUUUUGGUUUUCAUUAUCAUCCAUGUGGUGGCUCUUGUCUAUUAUAUUAAAGGGGUUCUGUCUGAGAAAAUGUUCAAAGUAGCUGUCACACUCAUUCUAUCUCUUGGCGCGAUAGUGUGUUGUGCUGUAAUAGCAGUACUGAUAGCUCUGGUAGCUUCAAGCCCAACAAUGGGAUGGAGUGGAAGAAGUCUUAGUCUGCUUGAUCCAACAUAUGCAAGCAAGUACAUACCAAUUAUUGCUAGUGUUAGUGAGCAUCAGCCCCCAACUUGGCCUUCUUACUUCAUGGACAUUAAUGUUUUAGCAUUCUUGGUUCCUGCUGGGAUAAUUGCUUGUUUUUCGCCGCUGUCUGAUGCUAGCUCUUUUGUGGUUCUUUAUAUUGUGACGUCAGUUUAUUUUUCUGGAGUCAUGGUUCGCCUUAUGCUGGUACUUGCCCCAGCAGCUUGCAUAAUGUCUGGGAUUGCUCUCUCUGAAGCUUUUGAAGUUUUCACACGGUCAAUAAAGUUUCAGUUACCUGGAUCAUCAGUACACUCCCAAGUUGAUGUGGGGGUGAAGAGUUCUGAAAAUAGCCUACCGCAGAAUGAUGUGGCAAAGACUGAUAAAACUGAAGAUACAUUAAAGGAGCGGCCAUCAAGAAAGAACAGGAAGAAGGAAAAAGAACCUGUAGCUGUGGAAAAGCCAUCCGUUAGAUCAAAGAUUGAGAAGAAGCUUCUGGUUUUACCUUUGGAGGCGUCUAUAAUAUCGAUUUUCUUGCUUGUUUUGCUCGGUGCCUUCUAUGUGGUUCAUUGUGUCUGGGCAGCAGCAGAAGCUUAUUCAGCCCCAUCUAUUGUUCUUACAUCUCAUUCCCACGAUGGUCUUCAUGUUUUCGAUGAUUUCAGAGAAGCAUAUGCAUGGCUGAGCCACAACACCGAGGUGGAUGAUAAAGUUGCAUCUUGGUGGGAUUAUGGGUACCAAACCACAGCAAUGGCUAACCGCACUGUCAUUGUUGACAACAACACCUGGAACAACACACAUAUUGCUACUGUCGGUACUGCCAUGUCUUCUCCUGAAAAGGCAGCUUGGGAAAUCUUCAACUCCCUGGAUGUAAAAUAUGUUCUUGUCGUUUUUGGAGGUCUUGUUGGCUACCCCAGUGAUGAUAUCAAUAAGUUCCUGUGGAUGGUUCGCAUUGGUGGGGGUGUCUUCCCUCACAUAAAGGAACCUGAUUAUCUAAAAGACGGUCAGUAUCGGAUUGAUUCUGAGGCCACUCCGACCAUGCUAAAUUGCCUCAUGUACAAACUCUCGUAUUACAGGUUUGUGGAGACGGAUGGUAAAGCCUUUGAUAGAGUGAGGCGGACAGAAAUUGGAAAGAAACAUUUCAAACUUACCCAUUUUGAAGAGGUUUUCACAACUCACCAUUGGAUGGUACGGAUCUACAAACUGAAGCCUCCGAAGAAUAGAAUUCGAGGAAAGACCAAGAAAUCUAAAUCGAAAUCAUCUGGGACAACUACAAAAAGAAGCCGGUCGGGAAAGAAGAAUCCUUGGCACUGAAAACCAAUUCUUCUUCUUAAUAGACGAAUUUCUCAAAUUCAGUUACCUGUAAUUCAUACUUAUAAAGUAGAGCCUUUAGGGAGUGUGAUUGUGGAAGGCGUAGUAGUGAGUUGUUUCUUAUAGAGAUGUUCAUUAUAGACAAAUGAUUUUGCAGGCUCGAUCUCCUUUCUACAAUGUAAUCUGUUUUUGUUUUUGUUUUUUCUUUUCUUUUCUUUUUUUUUUUUUGACUCAUUGUUAGGUAGAAAGAAAAUAAAGAACUAAUCAAUUUUGGACUGAUUACGUUUACAUUA